GAGCGCACUCUGCGUGGCGCGGUAUAUAGAGGCAGGGGACUCUGAGCACCAGAGCAGUGCACCACCACCUCUCUCUCUCUCUCUCUCACUCACACCCCUUCUGCAUGAGCCGGGAGCGCAGACAGCAGUGUGCUCUGCUCCUGUCGGAGCUGCUGUGAACUUGUGUGUCUCCUGGUGAAGUGUGUGCAGUGCGCUGGAACCGCGGGGCUCUCUCUCUCUCUCUCUCAGCUUCCCACAGUGGCGGCGGGGUUUAGUGGAAGGGGCCCGGAGAUGUUGGGAAAGUUGGUCGUGUUGUGGAUUUGCUGGAUCGCAGUGAGCGCAGAGUUUGAUGGAAGGUGGCCCAGGCAGAUGGCCUCGUCCAAUGGGCUGUGCCGCUACGGCGCUCGCAUUGACUGCUGCUGGGGCUGGACGCGGCGCUCCUGGGGGCACUGCCAGCCACUCUACACCUUAACCAACAGGGUAAUCGGGAUAAGGUGCCAGGCCAAAGCUCUGUGUCAGCACGGAUGCAAGCAUGGCGACUGCGUCGGACCCAACAAGUGCAAGUGUCACCCUGGUUUUACUGGAAAGACCUGCAACCAAGCGGAACAGCAGGACUAUGUAAACCCCCCAAUCUGGGACAGUCUCCCCCCUCUAUUUGUUCCCAUGGACCAUCUGGCAGUGGGGGUGCCUUCGGAGGAUCUGAACGAGUGUGGCCUGAAGCCUCGACCCUGUAAACACAGGUGCAUGAACACGUACGGCAGCUACAAGUGCUACUGCCUCAACGGCUACAUGCUUCAGCCUGAUGGGACCUGCGGAAAUGCGCGAACAUGCAGUAUGGCUAACUGCCAGUAUGGCUGUGAGGUGAUGAAAGGGGAAGUUCGGUGCCAGUGUCCAUCUCCCGGCUUACAGCUCGCCCCAGAUGGCAGGACAUGCGUGGACGUGGAUGAGUGCGCCACAGGCCGCAGCGUUUGUCCUCGCUUCCGUAAGUGCAUCAAUACAUUCGGAAGUUACAUCUGCAAGUGUCAUGAUGGUUUCGACCUGCAGUACAUUAACGGCAAAUACCAGUGUAUAGAUGUGGAUGAGUGCUUGACUGGACAGCACCAGUGUAGUCUGUUCUCCACCUGCUACAACACACCGGGCUCCUUCAAAUGCAAGUGCAAGGACGGUUUCCGAGGGGGUACGGGUCACGAGUGCAAACCCAUCCCCAGAGUGAUCAUUGAGCCUCCUCAACCUGGAAAGCUCCCACCUGGGAACAACAACAGGAUUCCAGAUACAGACCAGAAGAGGACCACUACCACUGUUCGACCUCCAGUGACAGCCAGGAGGAUCUCUCCGAGCACACCAUCCUCCAAAACACCUUCACCACCAAAGAAAAUCAUCCCAACACUCAAAAAGCCAACCAUCCCAACUCAUAAACCCCCCAUGAUCUCUCUCAGACCCCCCACUAUAGUCACCCAUAAGCCCCAGGUUACACCUCGCCGUCCCACCACCACCAAAGCCCCGACUCCAACACCAAGGGAGCCAGUUGUACCCUUGGACAACAACAUCCACAAAAACAACAAUGAAAAACAGAGAGGAGACGUCCACAUACCUCGGAAUAAUGGCGAUAACAACGUUCUCGGUACCGAUUUAGACAUUGAACUGGGUAACACUGAAGAAGAGCUAAAAGACGACCCAGAGGCUGGAUUUCUGAGCUGCUCCUUUGAUCAAGGUCUUUGUGACUGGAUCCAGCACAAAGAAGGAGACGUGCACUGGGAGACAGUACCAGACCCUUCAGGUGGAAAGUAUCUGACCAUCUCAGAGGCGCCAGGUAAGCGGAAUGGCCGCGGAGCCCAGCUCGUUCUUCCCCUGAUAUCUCCCUGGAGUGAAGGCAACCUGUGUCUGGCUUUCCGGCACAAACUGGCAGGUCACCAUGUGGGCAUGCUGCAGGUGUUUGUGCAGAAGGGCCGACAGCACAAUCCAGCUGUAUGGGGUCGCACAGGAGGCAGCGGCUGGAGGUCGACACAGAUCACACUGUGGGGCAAUGGCUUGGAGAGUGUGAUUUUGAAGGGUGAGAGGCGGAGAGGCCAUACUGGAGAAAUGGUGCUGGAUGACAUCAGCCUGAGGAGAGGUGUGUGUCAGGAAGAGCACAACCUGAGGAGACUCUAACAAACACAAACCCCUCUCGCCUGACGAGUCGCUUAAGAAAGAAAAGAGGGAUCUGCUUUUCCGUGGAUUUCCCUCAAGAUUAUGAUUGUGUCUACUACAGCAGACAAAUGCUCAAUGCCUCCAGUAGCUGGAUCAAAUUGUGAAAGGAAACAAGGAAAAUAUGCCAAUUUCUUCUGUAAAUGUUAUACACCUACGUAUGCUUUCCAGUGAGACAAUAGGAAAACGGACCCAGCUUUGUCACGGCCACAUUUGCUCUUGAGACUGCCUUUUUAAACCUUUUUAACCGAUCCAACGAGAGCAUUGUGUGCUUAAAAUCUACCCGAGAGACAACGUAUUUCCAGUGUAUUAUUGUAAAUGUAUCCGUGUGUACAUAUAUAUAUAAAAAUAUAUAAAUAUAAUAUAGAUAUAUUUGAAAAAGAUGCUUUGCUAGUGCAGAAUUACAGUAUGUGAAUUCUUCAACAUGUCUAAGUGAUGCAGGGCAAUGUUUACAUGACCCGAUUUCAAGUGUUCUCUUGGCAUUAUGUAUACUGUAAACUACCAGCCAGUAAAAUUGUUUUGCAUUACAUUUUUAAGUGGCUGUAUCAGCCAUCCUGUAUUGGCAUAUGAUACACGUGUGUACCCUUUAAAUCUUACAGCAGGACAUGCUGAUCUUUCUGACUUGAUCCCCCGCUGUCCUCACUCUUGUUUUAGACUAAUGAUGUCAGUAUUUAAAGAUUUAUGCCAAUAAAAGUUGUGAAUGUACACUUUA